GCUCUCAGUCGCUUAGGAAACAUCUCCAAUCAGGAAUUGUGCGUGUUUCUAAUUGCGAAUUUCAAGCUUUUUAUUUCGAAAAAUCUAAAGUGUAACAUAUAAAAAUAUAUAUUUUAGUUUAUAAGCAAGUUGUACAAGCCAUAUAUUUUGUGUAUCAAGAAAAUAAAUAAAACAAAAACUAACAAUGGUGGAUGCCGAUGGAACUGGGUGCCCUGUCACAAAGGCAAUACCUACUGCCUGCGGUAAAGAAGUGGUUAUAAACGGUAUUACUGGGCAUAUAGACGGUGUUAUACAGGACGGAAAAUGUGUGAAAACUGCUAGGUCCCCUGAGGAGAGGGAGGCGAUGCUGACCGGCGAUGUGAAGCCGAUCCAGACGCGCCUUUACUGGAACCGGUUCGUCAUUCUGGUCGUGUUCAGCCUGUACUCCAUGGUGAACGCCUUCCAGUGGAUCCAGUACAGCAUUAUCGCCAACAUCUUCUGCCAUUUUUACCAAGUCUCCUACGAGCAGAUCGACUGGCUCUCGGUGGUCUACAUGCUCGUCUACGUCCCCCUCAUUUUCCCCGCCGCCUGGCUGCUCGACAAGAAGGGCUUGCGGACUGUGGCGCUGCUGGGCUCCGGCCUCAACUGCAUCGGAGCCUGGAUUAAGAUCGCCAGCGUGAGGCAGGACCUGUUCGGAGUGACCAUGUUCGCCCAGACGGUCUGCUCCAUCGCUCAGAUUUUCAUCCUUGGCCUGCCCUCUCGAGUAGCAUCAGUGUGGUUCGGGCCCAAGGAGGUGUCCACAGCGUGUGCCACCGCCGUCCUGGGCAAUCAGUUGGGUGUGGCUUUUGGAUUUCUUUUACCUCCAAUUUUGGUGCCUAAUACUAAAGACGAUCUUAACCUAAUGGCAAGAAAUAUAAGUAUAUUGUUCUAUGGAACAGCAACAGUAGCCACAGUGCUCUUCUUCAUGGUUGUAGCAGUAUUCAAGGAAAAACCUCCACUUCCUCCAAGUCAGUCACAGGCUGUGCUUUUGGACACUCCUGAUGAGUAUUCUUAUAAACAAUCAAUUAUAAACUUGUUCAAGAAUGUUCCAUUUGUGCUACUACUCCUAAGUUAUGGUAUUCUGACAGGCUCCUAUUAUUCUGUAGGAACACUAUUAAAUCAGAUGAUCAUUACUUACUAUGAGGGUGAAGAAUUAAAUGCUGGCAGAAUUGGACUGACUUUAGUGGUAUCAGGGAUGGUAGGUUCCAUCAUCUCUGGUUUCUGGGUGGACCGUACAAAGACAUACAAGCAGACUACCCUUGCUGUCUACAUCAUCUCAUUUAUUGGAAUGCUCGUUUUCACCUUCACAUUAAAUCUUGGUUACAUCCAAAUAGUCUUUGUCACAGCAGGAGCCUUGGGUUUUUUCAUGACUGGUUAUCUUCCAUUGGGAUUUGAGUUUGGUGUUGAAAUAACUUACCCAGAGCCUGAGGGGACAUCAUCUGGACUUCUCAAUGCAUCUGCACAGCUAUUUGGAAUUGUGUUCACACUGGCCCAAGGAAAGUUGAAAGCUGAUUAUGGCACAUUAGCUGGAAAUCUUUUUCUUUGUUCUUGGAUCUUUGUGGGAAUCCUUCUUACAGUUUUCAUAAAAUCAGACCUAAGAAGACAACAAGCAAACUUGGCUGUAAGUGCACAUCUUGCUGCUCGUGAUUCACUAGAAAAAGUUUCCACAUCGCAAAAUGAACUCCGUGCACCAGCAGAAACCGCAAUCUAAUUAAAACGGGAGACUAUAUAGCAGUGGUACAACGCACAACUAGUACAUAGCACUGAAAAAAUAUGAACAGCUGCUAAGGGUGCAAUGGUUAGAAAACUGUGAUAAUUUAUUAACGGUGACCAAUAUUUAUUAGAAGUUCUUGAUGAUUGACUCAUUUUAACAGGUUUCAAGAGCAUUACAUUGUUGUAUUCCAGUAGCCUGAAUAUUUUUACAAAACAAUGUAGAAUGAUCAAAUUUCCAUCUUUUAAAGUAAAAAUUCAUAAAGCCUGCUAACUUUGAACAUUUUCAUUCUUACAGUCUUUUGCUUUCUAUCAUUUAUGUUUUCAAUAAUUUUCCAAAUGUAAGCACACUGAAUUUUCAGCUUUAUUCUGGUAAAAAUUCCCAUUACAUUUUUAACAUUGUAAUUUUUGUUAUUGCUCUUGGACAUGUUGGAUGAGUAUCAAGAACUGGUCAGUGUUCUGUAAAGUGAAGGAGUAUGGAGUCCUUCCAAAAGUAAACUUUCUAGCCUCCUUUAACAUUCUAAGAGAAAUUUUAAUUUUUUAAGUUAAAUUGUGUAUAAGUAGCUCUUGCACAAUUUGUAACAUCUGUAAAAGCAAUUUCAGUGGAAAUGCACUUGAUUCUUGUUAAAUAGUCAAAACUGUAAUGUGCUUAGCAAGUAGCUUGCACAGAUUUGAUAGGUUUUUUUAUAUAUAUAUCUGCAGUGAGUUACAAUUUUUUGAUCUGUAAUGAAAUGCUACAGAUGUCUAUGUAUGUAAAGAUGUUAGUGGGCAGAAAAUAUUCACAUAAUUUGCACUUAAACCUAUUCAGUUCGCAGGAAUGAAUACAAUAGGUUUAAGAUUCACAAAUUAUAUUCUCUUGAACUUCAUGUGAAGCUAGAGAGAGAAAAUUGUAUAGUUGUCCAGUGCAGUUUAUGUACUGUAAACCCCCAAGGGGUGGGGGGGAACAAAUAUCUGUUCAUCGACUAGAUGUGCCUUUAAUAUUGAUAACGCGAAGAUGCAACAGAUUUCAAUUAUGUAGAUAUAUUGAAUUCUAAGAACUUGUGGUCCAAAUGAUCAAACUCAUGCAAGAUCAUGAGUUCCUAGAAGCUGAAUGGUACUGUAUAUAUUGACAAUGUAGAACCAAAGCUGUUUUUUUCUUCCUUGCAUCAAUGCUAACUUAGCAAUUCUGCAUUUUCAUUCAUUUGCAAAGACUUCCAGUUCUUUCAUUAGUUACCAGGUGACAUCAGUUUAUGAAUCAGUCACUGUGGAAGUGCAUAUUGCUGUAGUUAUUUUGGUUCAAGUUUCACAUAUCUGUAUAUAAUUGUAUCAUUUUCUUCCAAGUGAUUUUAAUACACAAUGAAAUUUUUAUUUUGUAUACAA